GACCUUUUCUCUUCCAUGUGCGCUGAACGCCACUAAGGAAGAAGAAAAUACAGUCACAGGUCACCGGUAUUUUGUCUUGACGGGAGGUGGAGAUAGCCGGUUAAAAGCACAAUGACCAAGAAGAGGAGCGGAAACCGCGAGACUGAAGCCAGUCCUCUGGUGGGUGAGGAACCGAGGCCCUCAAAAGAAAGUCAAACGCUCAAAGGAACCCAAUCCCCUGGAGGAGCCUCUGCGCGAAUGUCAAUCCUCACCCUCAUCACUAUCUUUGCCUGUGCUGCUUGUGUUAUGUAUCUGGUGUUCCGUAAUUUCCCCGAACUGAACGAAGAUGAGAAGGAAAAGAUCAAAAUUCCUAAGGACAUGGAUGAUGCCAAAGCGUUGGGCACAGUACUGUCCAAAUACAAAGACACGUAUUACACUCAAGUACUGUUAGCGUACUUUACUACAUAUAUCUUCCUUCAGACGUUUGCCAUCCCAGGCUCCAUAUUCCUCAGUAUACUUUCUGGUUAUCUGUAUCCCUUUCCUCUAGCUCUCUUCCUGGUCUGUCUGUGUUCAGGGCUCGGAGCAUCCUUUUGCUAUAUGCUGUCUUAUUUAGUUGGGAGACCAAUGGUCUACAAGUACCUCACAGAGAGAGCUCAGAAAUGGUCACAACAGGUAGACAAGCACAGAGAGCACCUCAUAAAUUACAUCAUUUUUUUGAGAAUUACUCCUUUCCUUCCAAACUGGUUCAUCAACAUCACUUCACCAGUCAUUGACGUGCCUUUAGGUGUCUUCUUUCUGGGAACCUUUCUUGGAGUGGCCCCUCCAUCAUUUGUGGCAAUAAAUGCAGGGACGACGCUGUACAAACUGACCACAGCUGGAGAGGCGGUUUCCUGGAACUCUCUCAUUGUGUUGGGGGCUUUGGCUGUCGUCUCAAUCCUGCCUGUCUGUUUUCAAAAGAAACUUCAGCAGAAGCUUGAGUAGACUUCUCCAGCUCUACUUGAUUCAGCUCAGGAAUUAUAGUGAUCCUCUAAUGGUCUCUUUUAGUUUUCUUCGUUUAUGCAUGUACAACACACCCUCAUGUCUUCAUAUGAUGAGCAGUCACGGACUGUGAGUGACAGACUGGCCUUCCAUUGUUUCUCUGCUACUUUAAUGGGAUGAAAAUUCUGUCUCCGCUAACUCCCUCCACGGUUAAGCAACAUCUUCAAUAAUAUCAAUAUCUUGAUCUUCGUCAAUUUCUUCAAUGUUUUAAACUUCCCAAUAAUUUUCCAAACAACAGAUAUGCUAUUUUAAACAAUUCUGAUGCACUGGAAAUCUUUCCCUUCCUUUGAAGUUACUGAAUGUGCCACUGAACCCACUUUAAUAUUCACAUUUGUUUGAGAAUUGGGGUAUUAUGUGCAUCAGAAACGUUUUGAGGGUUGGGUUUACUGCUUUUGAUUUUAAUCUUAAUUCUAAGAUAAAACUAAAGAUAAAAUGCAGUAGCAAUCUCAUGCCCUCUCAGUGCCCUGUGUACUGCUGCUUACUGUAGGUGGUAGUGCUUCUCUCUUGGUACGGAGUUCAUUUUUUUCCCAUUAGUGAUACAGUUGGAUGAUGCCACAGUAGUAUUACAGAUCAAGACUGUAUAUUGCAUCUGUCUAGAUUUGUUUUGCCUUUAUUAUAGGUUCUAUAAAUGCAAUUAAUUCAUGGACAUUGUAGCGUUUUAUACACUUAACAAUGACAGCAAACUCUACUGGCCACCUGGUCUAAGUAAAAAUAUCCUCUUUAAACUUGGAUGCAACCUUUAGAAAUGGUCUAAAUGCCAAAUCAUUAUGAGCUUCUUUCAUUGAAAUAGUUCAUAGUUUGAGUGGACUCAUACUAGAUAUAAUGUUUCAUUUAUCAUUUUAAUUUUAGCCACAAAACAGAGGGAAGUAUUAAUGUUCAAUAUUUUAGAUUUGGAUGAUUUCCUGGACCUUGUCGAGCCAAACUACUGUGAUGGAUUGUAAAUGGAAUAUGUCUGUUUAAUCGAUGCAGCUUAGUGGAAAUGUGUACAUUGUGGAAAGCUGCCUUUUGCAGUUAAGUCUGGCAAUGAGGAAAACAAAUCAGUCUUAAAAUGAUCAGUCUUACAUAAUACUUAAAAUACAGCUAUCUGUACUCUUUGUAUACUUGAAAGCGAGUCUUAUUACAUGACUGAAUUUAUUCUCGCAUGUUGGAUUCAUUUUUAUCUGCUGUUUUUAUUAUGUCACACCCAACAUUCAGUUUGUCAUCUCAAAAUGUUCCUGUAGUGACUGUAAUAUAACAUGGACCUAGAGGAAAGAUGAGACUUAACAGAGUUCUUGUUCUGCAACAGUUAUAGGGUUUAGUAAACUUUAUUGGUUAAAAUUAUAAAUAGAAAUAAUCUGACUGUCAUUUUUUUCCAUUUCUAAAUUGUACUUAAUACCUUAAUUUUUUAAUCAUAUUUUUACAGGGAUGUCUCUGAUCCAUAGAUUAAAAUGACUGAUUACAGUAUUACAUUUAAUUGAAAAACGUGUCCUGCAUUUUAAAAGAUAUUCAUUGAUGUCUGUCCAACUUCUUGAGA